UUUAUAGAUCCUAAAAUUUUAAAUAUCUUUCAUGCCAUGUUUGUUUCAGUACAACAAGAUAUCGCAUCGUUCGCAAUUAUUUAUAGAUCCUAAAAUUUUAACUAUAUUUGAGGCCAUGUUUGUUUCAGUACAACCUAAUCUUUAAUUUCUUUCAAACUUCUCUCGUGUUCCAAAGAGAUAAAAUAUGUACAAGUUUUUAAGUCUAAUCAUAAGUUUUCAAACACAAAAGGUUUCAUAAAAAUCGGUAAAGUAGUUUUUGCGUGAUGCUCGAACAAACAAACAAACAAACAAACAGACGGACAAACCUUCGGAUACAGUUUUAUAAUAGUAUAGAUGUCACCCCCUCUGACAGUGACGAACGACGCCGGGCAAGAUGGCGACGGCGCGGCCGGCGGUCUGAAGAGCGCGCUGCUCCGGCACGUGUCUGUCCUGCGCUGGCUGCCCUCGUACUCGCGGCUGGACGCCUUGGGCGACCUGGUGGCCGGCGUCACCCUGGGACUCACCAUGAUGCCGCAGAGCAUCGCCUACGCCUCGCUCGCCGGUCUCUCCGCCGAGUAUGGCCUGUACUCGUCCUUCAUGGGCGGCCUGGUGUACAUGGUGUUCGGCACCAUCAAGGAAGUGUCCAUCGGGAUCACGUCUCUGAUGGCGCUGGUCACCUUCGAGUACACGCACGAUCUUCCCAUGGAGUUCGUGUUCUUGCUGACCUUCCUGUGCGGAUGUGUGCAGCUGCUCAUGGGCCUGCUGAACCUGGGCAUCCUGGUGGACUUCAUCUCGGUGCCGGUGACGUCGGGCUUCACGACGGCCACCUCGCUCAUCAUCAUCGCCGCCCAGCUGAAGGGUCUGCUGGGGCUGCAGGGCCUCAAGGCCAGCAACUUCGUGGACAACUUGCUGAAGGUGGGCGCCCGCCUGGGCGAGACGCGCCUCUGGGACGCUGUGCUGGGAGGCGCCUGCAUCGCAGUGCUGCUCGCCAUCAGGAAAAUGAAAGACCUGCACAUCGGCCCUAAAGACAUCAGUUGUCAAACAAGAACAAUGCAGAUACUGAAUAAGUGCAUUUGGUUUUUUACGAUUUCACGAAAUGCAACUGUGGUGCUGAUUUGUUCAGUUAUUGCUUUCAAACUGUCGUCCAAUGGGAUCACCCCGUUCCUGUUGUCAGGCAGGAUCCAGUCCGGGCUGCCGCCCCUGGGGCCACCCAGCUUCUCGGCCCGCAGCGGCAACUCCACCUACUCCUUCGUGCAGAUGUGCGAGCAGCUGGGCUCGGGCAUCGCGGUGGUGCCCCUCGUCAGCGUGCUGGCCAACGUCGCGAUCGCCAAGGCCUUCUCGGCCGGCAAGUCCCUGGACGCCACGCAGGAGAUGCUGGCCUUAGGGCUGUGCAACGUGUUCGGCUCGUUCGUGCAGUCGACGCCCACCACGGGCGCCUUCACCCGCAGCGCCGUCAGCCACGCCAGCGGUGUCCGCACGCCCUUGGCCGGACUCUACUCUGCCACGCUGAUCCUGCUGGCGCUCAGCUACCUCACACCGUACUUCUACUACAUCCCGCGGGCGACUUUGUCUGCAGUCCUCAUCUCCGCCGUCGUCUUCAUGGUGGAGUACGACGUCAUGGUGCGGCUGUGGAGCAAGAGCAAGCGGGAUCUGUUCGCGCUGCUGCUGACCUUGGGCACAUGCCUGCUCUUCGGCGUGGAGGUGGGGCUGCUGGUCGGGGCGCUGUUCAACGCCUCGCAGCUGCUCUACUUCUGGGCGCGACCCGCUGUAGACGUGCGGAUCUGCAAGGGACGGCGCGGCGGGGAGUACGUGCUGGUGACUCCCGACAUCGGGCUGCUGUACCCGGCCAUGGACUACCUCAGGACCGAGCUGGGCAAGGUGGCCUCGCGAGACGCCAAGGGCAUACUGCCCGUCGUCGUCAACUGCGCCUACUUCAAGGGCGCCGACUACACGACCGCCCAGGGCAUCAAGCUGCUGCUGAAGGACUUCCAGUGCUACCGACAGCCCCUGGUGUUCAUGGGCGCGCGCCGCGAGCUGCUGGACUACCUGCAGGGCUGCGGGCUGGCCGGCUUCCAGCACGCCGGCUCGGAGGAGGAGCUGCCCGGGACGCUGCAGGGCUCGCGCCAGGAGACGGGCAAGCUGAUGACCUUGGACGGUGACAGCCUGGAGACCAGGGUGCUGCUGGGAGGAGAGACCGCCCCGGGGCCCAACCCCGGCAGAUGUUGACCUCGUGACCAAGAGACGGGCAAACAAAUUACACUGGAUGGUGACAGCCUAUAGACCAGGUUGCUGCCGGAUACCCAACACCAGCAGAUGUUGACCUCGUGACCGCUGCAUAGUCUGACGUGACAACUUCCCAGAAGAGUGACUGUCCGGCCGCAGAACAAAAAUCUAAAACUGGAGCUCCCUUGCUUAUCACUAUCGCCUGUGCUUUUCUGCAAAAUACUCUUAGCACAAAUUAGAAAAUGUAACAUUUCGCAGAAACAAGGUCAUAUUUCAUCUUUUCUCUAUUCUAAGCUGGUUGCUUCUGCAUUGAUAUGACAUUAAGAUACAGCGAUUCUUGAGUUCGCAAUCGUCACGCUUUAAAAAUGAUUCCAGCCAAUUAUGUAAAUUAGCUGUUGCUGAAGUCAGUUGGAUUCUGCUUGGCCAUAAAAAUUUUUUCGCGAACUUUCAACAUCCCCAUUUUCCGUGAACUGGACCCGCCUUAGUCACUAAAAUGCCUUGCACAUGUCAGGAACAUGGUGGAAAAUUAUUUGGCAACCAGCACUCUGUAACAAAAGUGCAGGCAGUGACAAAACCAAAGUAGUUCAUCUCCAUCACGGAGAAGCCAAUCAGAUGCAAGACUACCUCUGCAGUCCUAUGUGCAGCCAAUGAAUGACUUAACAGGCCCUAGGCUUGCCUCGAAGGAUCCAUCACGCCUCCAGUCUCUGGGAAGACACUUCGUACAGUGCCGUCAACAAGUCUGCAGUCUUCGCCAAGAAUCUCGUGGUUCUUCUUCUUCUUGACUGCUGGCGACCGACGAUCUAGGAAGUGAUGGAUGUACAUGCCCGAUCCCAAUGUGACUGAUUUCAACUACGAAGGAAUGAUAAUGCAAUUAUAUAUAUUUUUCCAAAUUCGUAGUAUUUUAAAUCCUAAUUUCCAUAAUCCACUUACUUAUACUGUUAGUUGGUAUUCUUCGAAUAUUUGAUGCAGUGUGAUGUGAAACUUAAAACUGUGGAAAUAAUCCAUAAAUUGUUUUCAAGAUUAUUUUUUGACAUACAGUAUUUUGUUUUUAUUCUAUUAGUUUACAAAAAUCAAAAUUCCGUUCCAUUAAAAGUGGCAUACUAUUUUACAUAACAUGCAAAACAUAUUGUUCAAACAUACUUAACGUCUUUAUGUUACCUACUUGCAAAUACAUAUUUUUGGAG